AUGAAACAAAUUAGUGCGGGUGAUCGUUCAAGCAAUUCAGCUGAUUCUGAGACUCAUGUCACAAUUGGACCGAUUGUAACUGCAGAUUUAAAUGGCAAGUCAAAUGGGUCAACGCCAAAUGAAGCGAUGAUAGUGGAUAAACCAGCAAAAGUGAAGGGGGAAGACAACUGUCCGUCAUGUGUGAUUGAUGUCAAGAAUUCUGAUUCUGGUGAAAAUGGGAGCUCUGUAGGAGAGGGCGAACGGGUCUGCAGAAUAUGCCAUUUGAGUGCUAAGGAAUGUGGCAAAGAAGCUACAGAUUUGAUGGAGAUUGGUUGUGGGUGUAAAGGAGAGCUUGGGAUUGCACAUUCAGAAUGCGCAGAGGCCUGGUUUAGGGUCAAAGGACAUAGCAUAGAGCUAUACUUCAGGUUGAAGAAUUGGCAAGAGUAG